AAAAGAAGCCCAAUAAUAUGCCACAAGGUGUCUCUUUGAGUUAGUUGAUGAUGAACUGCUAGUUUUAGGGUCUCACCAUGGGCCUGUACACAGCAGCUUUCCUCCUGGGAGCCUUGAUCUCCACUGUUGGUGGCAGUGACGUGGAGGGCUACUCCAAAACUGAAGGUGCAUGGAUUCUCUCACUGAACAAACGAACGUAUUCAGUUAAUACUGUGGCUGAGUGUGCCACCAAAUGUAACACUGAAACAUCUUUCACAUGCAAGUCUUUUAUCUAUAAUGAAAAGGACCAAGAGUGUUGGACAGCAGCGGCAAACUCCAAAACAGUCAGUGUCUUUCGCAGAAGCACCAUAGCUUUGUAUGAAAAAAAUGCAUAUCUUCUGGAGUGUGUAAAUGGAAUAGGAAGAGAUUACAGAGGAAGAAAGUCCAGAACAAACUCAGGAAAGAUCUGUCAAAGAUGGGACUCAAACUACCCACACAGGCCAAAUUUCACGCCGCAGAGCCACCCACAAGCAGAGCUUUACUCCAACUUCUGCAGAAACCCUGAUGGGGACAGCAAUGGACCAUGGUGUUACACUACGGAUCCUAAUGCCCGCUGGGAGCACUGCAACGUACCCAGCUGCUUUGGUAAGAUUCAUACAUGUCAUUGUGUUUGUUUUGUUUUGUUCAGCUGACAUACAUGUCUAAUUGUCCUCUAGCAGCCAUUUCUCUUUCAACAAUUUCCAUUUGGUUUGGUAUUUAUUGUAGCUAAUAUCUGAAAUAUAGGCACUACACAAUAUUUUGAAA